AUGAAUAAACAAGAACUUAAUAAAAACUACUAUCAAACGCAUAAGGAAGUUAUUAAAGCCCGUCAAAAAGAGCGUUAUCAGUUAAAAAAAACCACUCCAACUCCUAAGCGAAAAAGUCUAGGCACUUAUUAUCAUGCUCACAAUAUUAAAGUCUUAAUUUCCCUUAAAGAUUACUUAGAAAGAACUUUUAAGAAAUCGCAACGUGAAGUAAAUGGUUAUGUCGGUUAUCAGUAUAGUUUCAAAGCGGUAAACGCACCAUUACUUUUACGUGAGGCCAUUAAUCAAAAUCAACAAGUACAAAAUUUAAUCAGUCUUUUACCGAUCAUUGGCGGUUUAGCCUUUGAAAAUAAUUCUGAAAUGAGUGGAUUUGUCGGAAAAAUCAUGCCCUAUAUUCCUUUAAUCUUGGAAGACAUUACCGGACAAAAGAUGAGAAUGGGCGGCACCAUUGGUGAUAUUCUCGCUUGUUUACAACGCUUAGAACAAAAAUUUGAUGGCUUUGCGAAAAAUACUGCCGAACAAUUCAUUCUUCAAGAAAAACAAAUCAGCACUUUGCUCAAUCAAACUCAAUCCUUAACUGAUUUCCGCUCUUCCUUGGAAGGUUCUUUUCUUUUACUCUCCGCUACCGGUUAUGCCCUUUAUAAAUUUGGGAUUAUCAAUAAAAUUGCCAGUUUCUUAAAGCCUGAAGUUGAUCCAAUAACUAAAGAAGAAAAAUACACCUUACGGAUUGGCGGACAAAGAUUUGUAAGAGCAGGAUUUUUUAAAGAAGAAAAUAAUUCAAUUGCUUCGGAAAAAACUAUUCCAGUAAGUGAAACCAUUCCGGCGGUGAACGAAACCACUAAUUCAGUUGAAAGCCAAGCAACUACUCAACAAGGAUUUCAACAACCCAUUACUAAGGUUUGUCGAGAAUGUAAGUUAAACAAUAAUGAACUAACUAAGCAGCGCCAGCAAGCAGUUACUAAUUUAAUGAGUGCUUACGAGCAAAUGGGUCAUGUUAUGGUCUUUGGAAUUAAUUUACCCGAUUGGAAAAGCAGUUUACAAGAAGCUUUAACUAAUUAUGUAAAAACUCCUUUGGAGCAAAGCACUGCUAGCUUUACUAAGUUAGCAGAAAAUAAAGCCCAGGAAUUCAAAGCUAUUGGUCCUCAAACUCAUUCUGAAAAAGUCUAUCUUGACCAAACCAAAGAAGAAAUUGGUUUAAAAGAUUUUCUUCAACUCAGAAGCCGAGUUAAAGAAUUACCCUCUACGGAACAAAAAGGCUAUGAAAAACAGUUAAAAGUUAAAGAGUUAACCAUUACUAAUCUAGAAGAAAAACUGGAAAAGGUUAGAGAAUUAAUUGUGGAGAACAAGUUAGAAAAAUUAAAAGCCAUGAUGAAAAAAGGAGAAAUCUAA